AUGAUUGCAAGUCUAAGUGAUGAAUUUAUACAUUUCCCUUCAACUCCAGUUGAAAUUCUGCAAAACCAAGUUGAGUUUUAUCAAACAGCCGGAUUCAUCAGGGUCGUAGGCUGUAUUGAUUGCAAGCAUGUAAAAGUUGAAUCAUUCGGUGGUGAUGAUGCUGAAAUUUUUCGAAAUCGAAAAGGACACUUUUCUAUUAAUGUUCAAGUAAUAUGUAAUGCACGCCUAGAAAUAAUUGAUAUUGUUGCAAGAUGGCCAGGUUCAGCUCACGAUUCAACUAUAUUUAACAAUUCAAGAAUUCAUAAUCGUUUUGAGAAUAAUCAGUUUGGAAAUGCAUUACUACUUGGUGACUCAGGCUACCCAAAUCUGUCUUAUUUAUUGACACCACUACAAGAUCCACAAAGACCGGCAGAGCAACUUUACAACGAAUCACAAAUCCGAACCCGAAACACGAUUGAACGCACCUUUGGUGUUUGGUCGAGAAAAUUUGCUAUAAUUCAAGGCACAAGAUUUAGAAAAAUUGAAAAAACAUUAACUUGUAUUAUUGCUGCUGCAGUUUUAUAUAAUAUUUCGCAACAAGGAAAACCACUACCAAUUAGAAAUGUCUCUGUUCAGGAAUAUCUCCAAAUUCCUGAGGUAGCAAACCCUGUAAUUGAGUACGAUGGUCGUGGCAUCGUUAUUGCUAUUUUUGAUUAUAGAAUAGAUCCUGGUGCUGUGGUGAUAAGUGAUGGCAAACCGAACAUUUAA